AUGCCCGUGUCGCCGAUACACCAUCCAGCUAUCGACUCAUGGCCACCGACGCAGGUGCACCUCAGUCCACGCAUCCUGGACGAGGCCGCUCUUAUCAGUGAUCAACCAUUCUCGUACUUCCUCAUGCCAGGCGCGACCUACGACUCAGACGACGACUUCUCCGACUUGGAUGCCGGUAUCGAGGGUACCGGAUUCAGCUCUGCACGCGGAAAGUCUGGCGCCUCCAACCUCUCGUUUGAGUGCAGCAUCAAAACUGGCCGCCCGAGCCUCGCACUUACUGCCGUGGCGUCGGACGACUCCUCUGAUGAAGAAGACUACAUCCGCCUCCCUCCCGGCGGGUUCGGCCAGCUCUAUCAACUCGCAGACCCGUGUGUAGCCGUUGAAGACGGAAAGAGCGGUAGGCACGCCAAAGAACGGAGCAAGAAGAAGGCCUUUCAAAAAGUUGCCAGGGUCGCCCGAGGAAGGUCGGCGACGAGGCAGGACGACGACCAGGACCCGUCUCGGCUAUCCGUCAUGAUGGGCAAGCGUUCGCGCAGAGCCUGGAGGGAGCCUAGCCCGUAUGUGUGGAGCAUCGACGAGGAAACCGAGGGCUCGCGGGAGCUCCAUCAAAAGGAAGCACACGAUCUCGGGGAUUCGAAACACGUCGUUGUCACAGAACAGCAGCUAGUAAACCGCGCUAGCGCCGCACCUAGGCCCCGGUCUGCGCUGGCUGGCGUCCGUCAACUCGAGUUUGACGAUGCCAAAGUGGCCGCAAAGCUUAAGGAGCGCAAGGUUCGAUUCGUCUUACCUCAGGAGGCCUCAAGGUGA